AAAGGAAACGCCUAAUCUCACCACCUGAUUCUCACUGGGAGUACAAGUCAACGAUCAGAGACUUUCCCCCCUUGGGCAGACUGUCAGUAAAUACAGCCAGGGGGAGAAAACAAUUCAGUCAUGGUGGUCUUGAGACAGGGUGAUUAUGUGUGGGUGGACUCCAGCUCAGGUGUGCCAAUCGGUGCUGAAGUCAGAAUUUCAGAAUCUGGUCAAAUUAAGCUUAUAGAUGAUGAAGGAACGGAGCACAAGAUCAAGAAACCGGACAGCGCCCUGAAGCAUAUGCACGCCUCUUCCAUUAAUGGCGUAGAUGACAUGAUUCGGCUGGGUGAUCUCAACGAGGCUGGACUGCUCAGAAACCUUCUAAUUCGCCAUAAGGAGGGAAUAAUUUAUACAUACACAGGGUCUAUUCUGGUGGCGGUGAACCCAUACCAGCUGCUGCCAAUCUACACUCCAGAUCAUGUGCAGCUGUACACAAACCGUCGUCUAGGUGAAAUGCCCCCACAUGUCUUCGCCAUCGCAGACAGCUGCUUCUUUAACAUGCGCCGUAGCUGCCAAGACCAGUGCUGCAUCAUCAGUGGGGAGUCUGGUGCAGGAAAGACAGAAAGCGCCAAACUGAUGCUGCAAUACUUGGCGGCUGUGAGUGGGCAGAGAUCGUGGAUAGAGCAACAGAUCCUUGAAGCGAACCCUAUACUGGAAGCCUUUGGAAAUGCAAAAACCAUUCGCAAUGAUAACUCAAGUCGCUUUGGGAAGUAUAUCGAUAUCCAGUUCCGUAAGGGAGGAGCCAUUGAAGGAGCCUGUAUUGAGCAGUACCUACUGGAGAAAUCACGUGUCUGUCGACAGGCUCAAGAGGAGAGAAACUACCACAUCUUCUACUACAUGCUGAUGGGCAUGCAGGCUGAAAAGAAGAAGAUUUUGUCUUUGGGUAAUGCUGUGGAGUACAAGUUCCUGACCAUGGGCAAGUGCACUUCCUGUGACGGGAGGGAUGAUAUCAAGGAAUAUGCCCAUUUUCGGUCAGCCCUGAAGAUCUUGACAUUCACAGAAAGCGAUUCCUGGGAAAUUCACAAGCUACUUGCUGCCAUCCUCCACCUAGGCAACAUGGAGUUUGAAGCCACAAUUUCAAAUAAUCUGGAAGGUUGUGAUAUUAUCACCUCUACCCAUUUUGAAAUGGCUGCUCAGUUGUUGGAGGUGGACAUAAAGACUCUAGAUACAAGUUUGACUCAAAGGUCCUUCAUGACAAACAGAGAGAGUGUAUCUAAACCACUUUCCUCAGACCAAGCAAGUGAUGGCAGGAAUGCCUUUGUAAAGGCCAUCUAUGGAAGACUGUUUGUGUGGAUUGUGGACAAAAUCAACAAUGCUAUAUACAAGCCACCCUCUGAGGAGUCCACUGAUACCCGUCACUCUAUAGGCUUGCUAGACAUCUUUGGAUUUGAAAACUUCAAUCAAAACAGCUUUGAACAGCUGUGCAUUAACUUUGCCAAUGAGCAGCUCCAGCAGUUCUUUGUGAAGCAUGUCUUUAAGAUGGAGCAGGAGGAGUACGCCCAAGAGAACAUUGUCUGGAAACACAUCGACUUUGUUGAUAACCAGGGUACCCUCGAUGUGCUGGCUAACAAACCUCUCAACAUUCUUUCUCUUAUUGAUGAAGAGAGCCACUUUCCUAAGGGCACAGAUGCCACCUUGCUGCAAAAGAUGUUUCAGUUCCAUGGGAAAAACAAAGUCUACAUUGCUCCUAACCACAGUCAUAAAACAAAAUUUGGAAUCGAGCAUUUUGCUGGGCCAGUUUAUUAUGACUCAAAAGGUUUUCUGGAAAAGAACCGGGAUGCUCUCAGUUCAGAUCUUAUUAUUCUGGUGGACACGUCUACCAAUCAGCUCCUGAAACAGAUCUUUCACAAUGAUCUCUCCACCAAUGGGAAAAGCAGCAGAAACCCUAAAAUGAUGAUCAGCUCCAUGAGCUCCACGCGGCAAAUGACAGACAAUAAGAAGCGCAUGCCCACAUUAUGUGGACAGUUUCGUCAGUCUCUGGACUCUCUGAUGAAAACUCUGACUGCAUGCCAGCCUUACUUCAUUCGUUGCAUUAAACCGAAUGACUUUAAGAAACCCAUGCUGUUUGACAGGGAGCUGUGUCUGCGUCAGCUGCGCUACUCGGGCAUGAUGGAGACCAUUCGCAUCAGGAAGGCUGGUUACCCAAUUCGUCACACCUUCAAGCAGUUUCUGGAUCGAUAUCGUGUCCUACUCAACUCUGCCACCUGUGACCCAAAAACGGAGAGUGCCAGGGUAUGCAGUGAGAGCAUUUGUAAGAAUGCGCUCAGUGCUGGCGAUGACUGGAAAAUUGGCAAAACCAAAGUGUUUUUGAAGGAUUUCCAUGAUACUGUGUUGGAGCUGAAACGAGACAAGGCCUUAAAUGAGAAAGCACUCGUUAUACAGAAAGUCCUGAGAGGAUACAAGCACAGGAAACAGUUUCUUAAACAAAGAUCAGCAGCUGUGGUUGUGCAGAAAUACUGGCGUGGACACAAAGGCAGAAAACUCUAUAAAGUGGUCCAGUUGGGAUAUACUCGUCUUCAGGCCACUGUGCGCUCACGUCAGUUAUCUCGCCAGUAUGAACUGGAGCAUAAGGCCACUUUGCUCUUGCAGGCACAGAUCCACACUUACUUUGCCAGAAAGGAAUGGAGGCGAAAGAGAGCAGCUGUCAUCCUCUUACAGGCUCAAGUCAGAGGGAUGCAUGCCCGGAAAACCGUUCAGAAGAUGAAGAAUGAUGCCUUUUUGUCACUGCAGGAGCGCAGAGCAGAAGAGAUGGCUGCUCUGGUGAGACAAAAGAAGCUAGAGAAUAUUCUCCGCCAAAAGAGAGAGAAGGAAGCUGCUGAACAGUCCAUGAUAAUCAAUGAUCAGGAAAUGGUGGACACAAUCUUUGGCUUCUUGCCCAACAUUGUGGGAGGGCAGGAGGGCCAGGCACCUUCUGGCUUUGAGGAUUUAGAUGGAAAGCGGACUGUGUUGGAGGAAGUCGACCUGGAUGAUGCUCCAAUGGUGGAAGAGCUUCCUGAAGAAGACUAUGAUGAUCUGGAUGAGUACUCGUUUUCCAAAUUUUCAUCUAUGUACUUCCAGGGUGCUGCUACACCCACUCACAUCCGCCAGAGACUGCGCCAACCACUGUUGUACCAUGAAGAGGAAAAUGAUGUGGUGGCUUCCCUAACAGUGUGGUGGAUCAUCUUGAGGUUUAUGGGAGAUCUUCCUGAACCAAAGGCUCAGAAAGUCCCAACAAGGAGAUCAGCAUUUGCUGAUAACUCUCUACUGCAGGAUGUGGCAUCAAGGCAAGACAGACGUCUCAGCCACAUGGUUGGACUGGACCAGAAACUGUUGAGAAACAAAAACAUACAGAAAGAUUCUCCAGGCCCAGAAAUGCCACCUCAGAGAAGAAAGCCCUCAACAUUCACAGAUAUGCUAUCAGGAAAAAGGAAAACAUCAACCAUGACAGAAGAACAUAUACCAACUGGGAAGGCUACCUCCAAUACACUGGAGGGUCCCAAAAACAGGAAGUCCUCUCUCUUUGUUGAUCUGCUGAACCGGAAUAGAAAGACAUCCACAAUGCUAGAUGGAGGGUCAUCAUCAAAUAGAAAGGCUUCCCGAAAACCAUCAAUCAUCGAAGAAGAGCCAGAGGAUGGCUCUGAGGUUUCCAAACUACCAACUGUACAAACUAUAAGUGAGGAAGAGGAGAACAUGAUUGAAGAAGGACUAACCCUGGACCGUCCACUCACAUCUCUUGAAAAGCUGCACAUCAUUGUAGGAUAUGGCAUUGUCAGACGAGACCUGAGAGAUGAGAUCUACUGUCAGAUUUGUAAGCAGCUCCAAGAGAAUGGGAAUCGCAGCAGUUUCUCUCGAGGAUGGAUCCUUCUUUCUCUGUGCCUGGGCAUCUUCCCUCCCACUGAACACUUCAUUAAGUACCUGCAAAGCUUUAUUCGACUCGGCCCUGCUGGAUAUGCUCCAUACUGUGCAGAAAGACUGAGGCGCACUGUGGCCAAUGGCAUGCGUGGAGAGCCUCCCAGCUGGCUUGAGCUACAAGCAACCAAGACUAAGAAACCCUUGGCAAUUUCUGUGACUCUUAUGGAUGGACAAACUCUCAGUCUGCCCGUGGACUCAGCAUCUACUUCUAAAGAAGUUUGCCAGAUUCUCUCACAGAAAGUUAAACUACAAGACACAUUUGGCUUCUCUCUAUAUGUAGCUAUUUAUGACAAGGUGUGGUCUAUCGGCAGUGGACACGAGCAUGUAAUGGAUGCCAUAUCACAGUGUGAGCAGGAGGUAAGGCGGAAGGGUGGACAGGAGCAGCACGCCCCUUGGCGUCUCUACUUCCGCAAAGAGAUCUUCACCCCCUGGCAUGACUGCAGCAUUGACAGCACCAGCACAGACCUCAUCUACAGACAGAUCAUUAGAGGACUGAAGUAUGGAGAGUACCAGUUUGAGAAGGAAGAUGUAGUUGUCCAGUUGGCGGCAAAACAUUUCUUUGUGCAGUAUGGGUCAGAUGACAGUAUGGAAAAGGCUAAUGUUGUUCAGGAUUGUGUUCAUCACAAAUACCUGGAAGACAAAUCAGAGGCCAAAUGGAUCCAGAUGGUCCACACAGCACACGUUCAGGGUCCAUAUAUAAAUUCCUCAACCAAAGCUGAUCAUGUAAAAGCAGAAGUGGUGGACUAUGCACGGCAGAAGUGGCCAAUGCUCUUCUCAAGGUUCUUUGAAGUUUCCAGGAUAUCAGGUCCAUCCUUUCCCAAAAAUAAAUGUAUCAUGGCUAUCAACUGGACCGGAAUAACCUUCAUGGAUGAACGUGAGAGGAAGUUUUUAGAACUCUCCUAUCCAAUGGUGAACGCCAUUAACACCAAGAGAAGCCAGGCUGUGUGUCUGCAUACUCUAAGGGGAGACUUUACACUAAGUGCAGUCAAUGCUGGAGACAUUGUUGAUCUGAUAGUUCUGUUCCAGGCUGGUCUAACAGAGCGCUCUCAGUAUGCUGUAGCUCUGCAGGAGGUCAACAGGCAAGAUGAUCCUACCUUUCUAAGUUUCAAAAAGGCAGAUCUUAUCCUCCUUAUUAAAGACAGUGAAUUUUCUUCCAACCCUGGCUGGGUAAAGGGACAGAAUGAGCGAACUGGACAAAAGGGGGCAGUACCUACAGAUGCCAUCUACAUUCUACCUACUUUCACUAAACCCACUAAUGAAAUCUUGAGUUUGCUCAGCAUGUCCCCAGAUCAGAGAACUAAUAUGAUUAAAGACACUAUCAAAGGAACCAUUGCGGACAGAGUACCUCUUGCAACUCUUAAAGAGUUCUCCAUUGAGUACUUCAGACCUCCCACCAAAGAUGUGAACAGGCAGGUGAUCUCAAAAAAUGCAGCACCUGAAAGGCUAUGGGCAAACUCCAGGGAGCCUAUAAGACAACCCCUGCUUAAGAGACUGCUGGGGAACCCAGAGCUCAGCCAUCAGGCCUGCCAGGCCUUCACUGCAAUCCUAAAGUACAUGGGUGACUAUCCCACCAGGCAAAUUCAGAGUCCACUGGAGCUCACAGAUCAAAUCUUUGAACCAGCCACUCAGAAUGAAGCACUCAGAGAUGAGAUCUACUGCCAGAUCAUCAAGCAAAUGACAAGUAAUAACAACCGGCACAGCUUGGAUCAGGGUUGGCAGCUGCUGUGGAUGUGUUGUGGUCUGUUCUCCCCUAGUACUUCAUUGCUGAAACAUGUACAGCGCUUUCUGGAUACUCGGCGGCGGGAGCCACUGGCUGCUGACUGCCUGCGCAGGUUGCAGGGUGCUCUAAGAAUGGAACCCAGAAAGCUUCCUCCUCACCAGGUGGAACUGGAUGCCAUUCAACAGAACCGUGUUAAGAUCUUCCACAAAAUCUUUUUCCCUAAUGACACAGAGGAGUCAUUUGAAGUUGCAACUAACACCAAGAUCCGAGAUCUGAUCAAAAGCAUUGCCACUAAACUCAGGCUGAUCUCAGAUGAUGGCUUCAGCAUUUUUGUAAAAACACCAGACAAGGUUCUGAGUUUGAAUGAGACAGAUUACUUCUUUGAUAGUCUGAGACUGAUCACCGACUGGUCCAGAAAAACUAAGAUGGUGAAGGAUGGAGGACCUGUGAGCAUUUCAUACCAGGUGUAUUUCAUGAGGAAACUGUGGUUCAAUGUAAUCCCUGGUAGAGAUCAGGAAGCAGAUCGCAUCUUCCACUAUCCUCAGGAGUUGCCCAAGUAUCUUCGUGGAUACCACCGCUGUACUAAAGAGGAAAUGGUGCAGCUGGCUGCUCUUCUCUUCAGGAUUAAAGUGGAAGAUGAUAGGACUCAGUUUGUCAUGAUCACGAAGAUGUUGAAAGAGCUUGUGCCCAAUGAUCAACUGAAAGCCAUGUCAGCUGAGGACUGGAAAAGGAGCAUUGUUGCUGUGUACAACAAACAAGCAAACAUGACAGUGGAUGAAGCCAUGGUGGCCUUCCUGAAGGUCAUCUUCAAGUGGCCCACAUUUGGCUGUGCCUUCUUUGAAGUGAAGCAAACAUCUGAACCUAGCUUCCCUGAUAUUGUGAGGCUUGCCAUCAGCAAACAGGGAGUUACAAUCAUACAUCCGAAAACCAAGGAUGUCCUAGCAAGACACCCAUUGAACAUGAUUGCAAACUGGUGCAGUGGAAGCACAUACUUCCACAUGACUGUGGGCAAUCUGGUCAAAGGAAAUAAGAUUCUGUGUGAAACCUCUCUGGGCUACAAAAUUGAUGAUUUGUUGACAUCCUAUGCCAACAUGUAUCUGACCGAGAGGAGAGCCCCAAGAACCAGGAAUCAGCGCUUUAACUGAAUCCUAACCUAACCUGGAAAAUAGAGGAAAUCCUUUUAUUCUGCUUUUGAUUAUAGUCUCUUUCUUUAUAUUUGCCACAAACAAUCGUACAGUAUAUAGAUAAACAAGCUUGGUUUGAAUGUUUAAGGAUAUUUGAGUAGUUAGGACCUUUUUGCUGAUUACACAGGAAAUCUUUUAGAUUAGUAUUAUCUUCUUCUUUUGUUUAUUGGUAAGAUGUUUAAAGUGAGCCUAUUGCUCUUUUUUCUGAUCGUCUAUUUAUUUAUUUGCAAAUGUAUAGAACAUCACUAUACUUUCUGUCACUCCCAUUAUGAUGAUAUAACAUCAUAUGAAUUUGCUCAUACCAUGAAUAUUAUGAAACUGUGAAGUAGCGAUCAUUUGUUUCUCAGACUAGCAGUUUUCAUUAUAGUGUAUUUGCAUGUUUAUCUUAAUGAGAGUUGCUUUGGUAAAAAAUACCAAAUAAAAAUAACAUGAUUCAGUC